AUGUACGCCACCUCGCGUCUCGACGGCCGCGGGGCAGCGUCGGGCGCGAACGCUAGCUGGGAGGGGCUCAGGAGGCAGGCGCGGGUCACGGAGGAGCAGAUUGAGCAGCAGCUCAGCGCGUUGUCACGUCUCUCGGGACAGCUGACCUACUCGUACGUCGGAGCCGAUCCCUCCGCGGCGCUGCAAUCGAAGCAGAAGGUGGCGGACAUCGAGAAGCUGCUGGACCAGCUGAAGGAGAUCAACGAGGCGAUGGCGUCCCACGGGGGGGAGUCGCGCUCGUUUGUACGCGCGCGGCACCGCGAGAUCUUCCUGGACCUGAGCCAGGAGUUCCGGCGGCUGCGGUCCACGCUCGGGCAGGCGCAGGACACGGCCGAGCUGCUCGCGGGGGCCACGGGCGGCGACCGCUGGGGCGCGGGCGCGGACGGCGCGGCGCCCCCCGGCGCCACGGCAGCGCUGCUGCGCGAGCGCGGGAUGAUCUCGAGCAGCAUGGCGGCGGUGGACGGCGUGAUCGGGCAGGCGGCGGCGGUGGCGGGGUCGCUGUCGUCGCAGGGGUCGCUGCUGGAGGGCAUGGGGCGGAAGGUGGUGCAGGUGGGGCACAAGCUGCCCGUGGUCAACGGGAUCCUCAACGCGAUCCGGCGGAAGAAGAGCAAGGACGCGCUCAUCCUGUCCGCGGUCGCCGCGGUGUGCAUCGUGCUCAUAUUCAUCUACGUCACGCGGUGA